AAUAUGUAUUCACACAACGAUAAUAAAACCAACAUGAAAGAGUUCUGCUGCAGAUUUUUAGGGGCGGCCGUUUCCUGCGGAGUCUUGCUAAUAAUCUUGGCUGCCGUUCUGGCGGUUCUAUUUCCGAAUCUCAUCAACUUAAUCCUGGACAAGGAGCUUGCGAUACGAGAGGGUGGACGCACGUACAAAUUCUGGAAGCAGCCGCCGGUCGUGCCGCGUAUGCAAGUUUACAUCUACAACGUGACGAACGCCGAUGAAUUUUUGAACAACGGUGAGAAACCAGCGCUGCAGGAGCUGGGUCCGUACGUUUACGAACAACGCUGGGAGAAGGUGGAUAUCAAAUUCAAUGAUAAUGGAACCGUCACCUACAAAGUCAAGAAGACGUUCAUCUUUAAUUCAGAUUUGUCAUCCGGUUCCGAUGAUGAUUUGGUGGUCGUGCCGAACGUUCCUAUGCUAUCAGCUACCAGUCAAUCGAAACACGCCGCUCGUUUCCUACGACUGGCGAUGGCGUCCAUCAUGGACAUCCUGAAAAUCAAGCCGUUCGUUGAAGUGUCAGUCGAUCAGCUACUUUGGGGUUACGACGAUCCUCUGCUCAAGUUGGCUAAGGACGUCGUGCCUAAAGAACAAAAGCUGCCGUAUGAUCAGUUCGGUCUGCUUUAUGGCAAGAACGCGACCGGAACGGACCUGUACACGAUGUUCACGGGCAGUAGCGAUAUCACCAAAUUUGGAUUAAUGGACAGGUGGAACGGCAAGGACGCUCUCGGCCACUGGACCACGAAGGAAUGCGAUUCCGUCAUGGGCACUGAUGGCAGCAUAUUCCCACCUCAUAUCACGAAGCAGACCGUGCUCAAGGUCUUCGAGAAAGACCUCUGCCGGACGUUGCCGCUGGUUUAUCAGCGCGAAGUAAUAGCAGCCGGAGGAAUCCCCGGCUACAGAUUCUCUCCGCCAACGAAUGUCUUCACCUCGGUAGAAAAUAUGGCGUCGCAGCAGUGCUACUGUCCAGCUGGACCACCGUGUGCACCGGAGGGCACGUUCAACGUCUCCCUGUGCCAGUACGAUUCGCCAGUUCUCAUCACUUUCCCGCAUUUCUACCUUGCCGAUCCAGCUUUACGGGAGGCUGUCACGGGCAUAUCUCCGCCGGAUCCCGAAAAACAUCAGCUGUACAUUGACGUGCAGCCUAUAAUGGGCACGGCUAUGAAGGCACGAGCAAGGGUACAAAUAAAUCUUGCAGUCAGCCAAGUGCGAGAUAUCAAGCAGGUCGCUUCAUUCCCCGACAUUAUUUUCCCCAUUAUGUGGUUCGAGGAUUGCGUCGAUGAGCUACCCCCGGAGAUGCGUUCCUUGCUGAAAUUGGCGGUGGAGUUGCCACCGGUGGCUCAUGCUGCAGUGUCCGGCGCCCUGGCCGUGAUUGGCGCGAUCGUCUUGCUUGGCGCGCUUAUGUGUUUGGCGCGCGCUGCCAGACGCCAGGAGAAGCUGCACCUGAGUAACCCACUACCGGCGAACGCAACGAGCACCAAGACCGGCCAGCUGAAUCCGGCUUUCAGCAAGUAGAGUCAAAUUGGUUGCGAGUGAGGGAAUUGAAACGAGUGCGCGAAUGCUCGGAGUUUCAUCCCGCGAGACAAGUUGCGCGCCGGGUAGCGCACGAGGACUCGCGAGGACUUGUACGAUAAUCUUACUUAUCUUAUAGGCGACGGGCACGUGCUUUAUAUCUCGAUUAGGAUUUCCACAUUCAAAUCUCGCGAAUUUCGCAAGAGACAAAGCAGAACAAUCCCAGACAACAAAAAGUCCAAAAUCGAGACAUAAGAGGGAUGUUUCGUUUUCACGUUCAUACGCUGUAAGCAUCAGUUUAUUCUUGUUGUCGGUCAAAUAUUAAACAAGAACAAAUGACGCUUACAAGCGCUGUAAACGCAAAACGGAACGCACUUCGCAAAUGGAAGAUAUUUUUAAAAUAUCUCAUUUUUGGAUGUGUUGUUUGGGACAAGUCAUCAUAGCGCAAUUUUGACGUUAAUCAUUAAAUGAUUGAAAAAUGACUUUUAACGAUCCAUUUUUGAGUCAUUUUGACAUUAUUUUGUUCUGUUUGAGAGGAAGGGAGAGAGAAGAGGGAGAGGCUGCCCAGAGACGCGAAUUUUAUCGGGUCAUACGCGGACAGUCGAUAAAUUAGAUUUAUUUAUAUUACGUGUGUUUCUUCUCGGGAUGGUGUUUUGUCAGACGGUGUUGAGUCGCGCGAGUACAAAUUAAUCGCGAGCAACGAUCAGCGAUGAAUUCGAGAUCUGUGGAGUAGAUGUUAUUUCUCUUAUUGCUCGAGAUGUAAUUGUAAGGGAUCGACGGAUCUUUCCUUCGUGAAAGAACGAGUUAAAAAUUUGGAUUGAGAGAAAACUCUGAGAAAUAUAUCUGUGGGUAAAUUUAAAAUCUAUAUGUCUUCUCGACGAAAACAUCGCAGAUAAUUUCGCGCUUUGUUACGGUUUUUUAAUCUCCACUGUUGACUUCUUAGCUGAUAAAUUGAUCAAAAAAUAGAAUCUAUGUUUAUGUUUAGAUAUAUUUUAUUUUACCUUGACAUUAUUAUUGUGGAGUGGGCAACUAAACUGACGGAUGUUUUACUAUAAUAUUUUUUACGAUACUGCACGGAAAUAAGAAAUUGAAGUCGAGUCAUUGCUACGAAAAACUCGGCGAUUGGUAUUUAUGAUGACGCAACACCGUUCUUUUUAUUAGAAAUAUUAAUAUUAAUAACGAACUGCACCUUGCUCCGCACGAUCGAAUUGAUCUUCAAGGAUCGUCGUUUAAUCGUGCGAAGCAAUUAUCGCUGCGAACACUGACAUAAAGGAUGAAAGAUAUGAAAUUGAUAUUCCGUCCAUGCCGUUGUUCCGAGGACAAGCUUCGUUCACGACUUCAAUUUGGAUUGCACGAGUGUGUUUGCGACGCGUAGUUUGUGCAAUCGGGACGCAACAACAGCGGGAACGACAGAAAUCUCUUUUUCUGUACAUAGAAUCUGUUGUCGUCUACCGAUUGUAAUUAUCAAGAUUGUAUUAUUUCUCGUUAUUC